CCCGGCCACCGGCGAGUGAGGCGUGCCUUGAAUGAAUUGGUGUAAAGCAAAGCGUGCGCGGAUCAGUCAUCGUCGGAGAAAAUAGAUGAGAACUGUUUGCGUGUGAAGACAACGUGAUUUUAACGUGUUGAGUGGUGUUCUGAGUGUCUGGAGACUUCACACUGUGUCGCGGAGUGGUUUCGGUGUGAGCCAUGGCGACCAAAACCUCCAAGAGGACCUCGAAAGUGGUCGAAACGUCCAUGAGUUCCUCGAGCUCAACCCCCGGGCUGUCUUCUAGACCGGGCAGCCCCCUCAGCCCCACCAGGACGAGUCGCCUGCAGGAGAAGAGCGACCUGCAGAACUUGAACAACCGCCUGGCCACGUAUAUUGACAAGGUUCGCCAGCUCGAGCAUGAAAACACGAAGCUGUACAGGCAGAUUCAGACCUCCGAGGAGACGACUACCCGGGAGGUCUCCAACAUCAAGGAUAUGUACGAGAAUGAGUUGAACCAGACCCGGGUUGCUCUGGACUCGCUUGCCAAGGAGAAGGCCAAGCUCGAAAUUGACACCAAGCGACUGUUUGAGGAGAACGCCGACAUCAAAAACAGGUUGGAGAAGUCCAAGAAGGACCUGGCCGCGGCGGAGCGCAAUGCCAACCUGUACGAGUCCAGAUUCAAUGAUAUCACCAUCAAAUACAACCAGGCUCUCGUGGAGAAAAAGAAAGCCCUGGAUGAUGUCAAGGAAGCAGACAAAUUGGCUAAACAACUUGACGAAAUGCGGAAAAAUUUGGCAGAGGAAACUCUACUUCGCGUUGAUAUGGAGAACAGAUUGCAGAGCCUCAAAGAAGAUUUCGAAUUCAAGGAAGCUGUUCAUGACAAGCAGUUAAAGGAGACCAGGACGAAGAGACAAGUGGAAAUCAGUGAAAUUGAUGGAAGGCUGUCUGAAGAAUAUGAAACCAAACUUCAGCUUAGUUUGCAGGAGUUACGAGACCAGUAUGAAGAGCAAAUGCAGGCAAACCGAAUUGAAAUUGAGUACUUGUAUGACACCAAGCUGAAAAAUUUGCAAGCCCAGUCUCAAAAGAGUUCUGGUGUUGCCUCUUCACUCAUGGAUGAAUUGAGACAGUCUCGCUCUUUCGCUGAUUCCCUUUCAUCAAGAAUUACAGAGCUUGAAUCGUCGGUGGCUGGUUCUACUUCUCGCAUUGCUGAGUUAGAAAAGUUGUUGGAAGGAGAGCGCAAGAGGCUGGCUGCAGAGCGCGAGAGGCACAGAGAAGAGCUCAAUUCUGUGGAAACAGAGUUGAACGUUCUUCGUGAGGAGAUGUCGAGGCAUCUUCAAGAGUAUCAGGAUCUACUUGAUAUUAAAGUUGCUCUGGACAUGGAAAUUGCUGCUUAUCGCAAACUUCUUGAAUCUGAAGAAGAAAGACUGAAUAUCAGCCAGGCAGCUACGGCGGAAUCCAGAGCCAGCUCCGCUGGUACCCCCCGCACGGGCCUGGGGAUCGGCGGUGGUAAGAGAAAGCGCACCUUGAUGGAGGAUUCAAGUGAAUCUGUGGACAUUGAAACAACUAAGUCUUGCAAAGGAGAGAUUGAAGUUCUUGAAGCUGAUCCUCAGGGGCGUUUCGUUAAACUUCACAAUAAGAGCAACAAGGAGGUGAGCCUUGGAAGCUGGCAGUUGCUGCGACAAGCCAAUGGGCAGGAGACUGUUUUCAAAUUCCACCGCACUGUGAAGCUGGAAGCUGGCACAGGAUUGACUGUGUGGUCAUCAGACCAGGGAGAGACUCAUGAGCCACCAUUCAAUCUCGUCAUGAAAAACCAGAAGUGGGCAACUGGAAAUGAAAUGACAACUCAGCUUCUAAACAACUCAGGAAAAGAGGUUGCAACAAUGACCAAUAAGCUCAGGGUGUCCUCCAAAUCUCGUGUGAGGCAAUCUGGUUACCUUACUGGAGCGAGUCACAGCCGCAGUCAGGAGGAGUUCUUACUACAACAGGGUGACCCGAGUGGUGAAGAGAGGUGCCGUAUCAUGUAAGAUCUUGUAAAGGCUGCAAAAGUGUUGCCUUAGUUUUCUGAUUGAGGUGCAAUUGGAGUAAUCCUUACUUUAAUAUUGUCUCUGACUUUUCCACCAAGACUGUAGUUAGUCAAGGUGUUCGUUGCCCAGUACUCUUACGCUGUUAAUUCAACUCAGUCAUAAUGUUUCUGUUAUGCUUCCAAAACCUUUGGAGAUAUUCGUUUUUUAAAGUUUAUUUUUUAAUGCACUUUCAGUUUAUGUCAGAUUAAGGGUUUUUAUUUUGUACUUGUUUUCCAUUUAAAAUGGUCGGAUAGAAAUUAAGUUUCUGAAGACUGUACUAAUGAAUCAUGUGAAUGUUUUCCUUGUUGCUAUUGUGGUUUGCUAUUUUUGCACUAGAUUCUUCUACAGUUAUGUACAAUUAGUUAGUCCCUAUUUCAAUUAGCAUAAGUUGACCAUUCUUCUUGCUCUUGAUUUAUUACUGACAAGCCUUCAAGUUUCCUUUCGAAGCUCUUUCUUCUUAAAUUUCUAAACCAAAUCUCCUAUUUAUUGUAAGCUAUUUAAGAGAAAAUGUAUUAGAAUGCAGCUUUUUUUUUCAUAUUAAAUAUUACUUGCCUUAAGAGAGACUAGAAUAGGUUGCAAAAUAGUUAAAGGUGUUUGUCCUAACAGUUGUCAGAUGUAUUUCUUUUUACAUUAAGUUUUUAAUUAUGAAAACAACUUUCAAUUCA